AUGUCGAUAGAAAAUAAAAAGCCGGUCGAAAAAUAUUAUACUAGUAUUAUUCUAGGCGAAAAAUCGGAAAAAAAAACAUCAGGAUUUUUUGCCAAAGAUAAUUUUUGGACCCAGAAAUUCGCUACUACUGCUUCGUCAAAAUUUUUAGACGACUUUCAGCCUAGUCAAAAUGCCUUUGUCAUUGAGUUACUGGAAAAAAAGAAAAAAAAAUUGCUAGGCAAAGUUGUUUUAGACGAAUUUGCCUGCGGAGGAACCGGACUUCAUGCCGCCACUGGACCGAUUUUUAAUCCUUACAAUUCCUCUUGUAUAGUAGGAGGUUCCUCAUCCGGCUCGGCCUGGGCGGUAGCAAAAAAUUUAGUGCCUUGGUCUUUAGGGCACGAUACAGGAGAUUCUAUUCGUCGCCCUGCUUCUUAUUGCGGAAUAAUUGGCUUUAAGCCUUCUUAUGGUCUAAUUUCUCGUUCGGGU